CGCGCGCCCCUCAGACAGAUAGUGGGUUUGGCUUGCUGAGGAGGAGAAAACGCUUUGGAGCUGAGCUCAGGAAGCACACACACGCACGCACGCACGCACGCGCGCGCACAGUUCGGGAGGAUUUGACUUUUUUCUGGAAACUCGCUGCUCCUGCCAUGAUAAAGACGUUAUUAAAUGAGUGAGAAAACAUCCAAGGAUUUGAGACGAUUUCAGAACCCCAGGAUCGGUUCGAGUGGCACGUUUAUCUUGAAAUUGCACAUUUUCCAGCAUGAGCCGUCCGUUUAACAGGAAAAAAGAUAAAUCAUGGAUGCAUACGCCCGAGGCCCUGGCCAAGCAUUUUAUAGCCUACAAUGCCAAGUUUCUGGGGAACACAGAGGUUGAUCAGCCCAAAGGAACAGAGGUGGUGAGAGAUGCAGUUCGAAAACUCAAGUUUCAAAGACAUAUCAAGAAGUCAGAAGGACAGAAGAUCCCCAAAGUGGAGUUACAAAUCUCUAUCUACGGAGUGAAGAUACUAGAUCCCAAAACAAAGGAAGUGCAGCACAAUUGCCAGUUGCACCGGAUAUCCUUCUGUGCAGAUGAUAAAACGGACAAAAGGAUAUUCACGUUCAUUUGCAAAGACUCAGAAUCCAACAAACAUCUCUGCUACGUGUUCGACAGUGAAAAAUGUGCAGAAGAGAUCACUUUGACUAUCGGCCAGGCGUUCGAUCUAGCGUACAAAAAGUUCUUGGAGUCGGGAGGGAAAGACGUGGAAACGAGGAAACAAAUAGCAAGCCUGCAGAAAAGAAUUCAGGAGCUUGAGACUGAAAAUUCGGAGUUGAAAAAACAGUUGCAAACCCUGGAGGAGCAACUGCUCAUCGCUCAAGUUCCUCCUUUGCUUCACAUUAACUCUACUAACGAGGCCUACAUGCUGCAGAGACCCUCGUCUCUCUUCUGGUGUCACAAUCUGACCUCCUUCUCCUGUCUAGAAAUCUCUUCUGUCACACUAACGCCAAUGAGCUCUCCUGACUCCAGCGUAUCGGCUGGAGUUUUGACUCCUCCUCCCUCCAAACCUGCUCUGCCAAAGCCUUUGACUGGAGCAGGUCUCCCUCGGCCAAGAGGUGGAAAUAACUCCAGUGUUCCCACGGAUAUUUUCGACAUGGUUCCGUUUUCUCCAGUGGCGCCUCUGGUUCCACUCCCAGCCAGUAAUUCCUCACCUCCUCCACCUCCAGCGAGACCGACCGAGAUCAGAAGGGACCUGUUCGGGGCCGAGCCCUUCGACCCUUUCAUUUGUGGCGGAGCCGACUUUCCUCCAGAUGUCCAGUCGCGGCUGGAUGAGAUGCAGCGGCAGAGAUGGAGGGGUUCAAAAUGGGACUAACAGUAGAGGGCACUGUUUUUUCCCUUGAUCCACUCGAUGGUCGCUGCUGAUGCCAAGAAGACAUUUCUUUGUUACUUAACUGUUCGCCCAUUUGUAUUAAAGUGCCAGGAUUUUGGGUCUACAGUCAAGUUGUCAGUGUUUUCAUCAUGAGAUUUGUAUGUAUUUGCAUUUAGUAUUUGGUUUACAAAAAGAAAGUAUAUUAAAAAGCAGAAUGCCAGAUCACUAUUUUUGUAUGAACUGUAACAGUCAUGAAAGUUUGGUGAUGGAAGUGUGUGUGUGUGUGUGUGUGUGCAGGUGUGAGUGUGCACUGAUAGAUAAUAAAACCGAUGGUACGACCUGAGAUGAAGGCUUCAUUAGACACCAUAUUCUGUCAUCGUGUUCAUAUAGAUGUUGAUCUCAUUUUAUACAGCUGUUGAUCUUUUCAUUUGUUCUCACACCAGACAAAAGUCCACUUGACGGCAUGCAGCAGCAUCUUAAUUAACAGACUUACAAAUACUGGAAUAUCAAACUUACACUUUGUUAACUAUAGAUUACAUUUCAUUCUCAUUUUUUUCCCCCUUGUUACUCUCACCGGAAUCAUUGUAAUAUUUUCUUAACUGGACAUUAAUAUUUUUGAUGGAUUUUAUAACUCUGUAGCUGGAUUGUUUGUGUAAUAAUGUGUACUUGUACUGCAUAUUAAUUUGGUAUUAUUAUCUAUUUUAGUAUAUUCUUGCACCAGGAAGCACUUUGAAGAAAGAAAAAAAAAAGAAUUCUGUCCAUAUAUUGACCUGUUUUCUUUCCUUUUGUUUUGAUUGUAUUUUUUACUUUGUAUGCAAUAUUUUAGCCUUUGCUGUUGUAGUCAUUAAAGACAGUAAUAUGCGAGUUCUGAGGGGUUUUUUUUUUGGUCAUAUUUUGUUCACCAAGCAUCCACAGUGCACAGUUUAUGAUGCAGUUGAUCAAAAAGCAGAUCUUUUUCCAAGUGUUGUGAAUGUUGAAUGGUUUAUUUGGAUGUAACAUGGCAAAAAUACUUCACAAAGUUGCACAGAAAUCCUGAGUCUCUGCUUUCUUUCGCUCAUUAUCACAGCAUUUUAAAUGUUUGAUCUCGUUAGCAUCAGUCUGUCUUUUCAAAUUUGUAAAACGAUUCUUUAAAAAAUUAAAUGUUACGAGUUGUUGAGUUCUUUUUGACGGAAAUCAAGAAGGAGUUGUGCGUCCUGUGAAUUCUUCAUCGUGUCUUCCUCAGCGACGGCAUGGAUGAAGCGAGCCGGAGUCAUCUCGGAUUCGUCAUCCUACUGGAAUGAUCUGGGUAAGACUCUUUCUCUUUUUUUUUUUUUUUAUUUUGUUUUUUUUAAAGAAAAUUCUUUCUGUAUAAUUCUUCUUCGUGACCAUGUCCCUCCAUGUAUUGUUCAUAUUAAGUGUAUACAAAACAUAUAUUAAAUAACAGAGUUAAAAUAGUAUUCACAAAAUAGUCAACACUGAUAUUUCAUUAAAAUAGUUCCGAUUUUACACAGUACAACACAAAGACAACGGUGAAUAAUAUAUUUUAGAAGUACAUUAGAAAUUUGGAGAGUAUUUCUGAGAGAAAACAUUUUAAUGGCUGAUCGCUGAUGUCAGUUGAAGUAAGAUUUUCAGUCUUUGACCAGCAGAAUUUUGAAAACAAACUAAAGAAAUCUUAGAAAGGAGAAGAUGCAUCAUAUUAAUUCUCAAAUAUGUACCAAAUGCGUCAAUCUUAUGAAUAUACAAUUCAGUUUAUUGUGCUAAAAAUAUUUCAUGCAUCGAAAGAAAAGAGAAAUGAAUGGAUAAAAAAAAAAAAAAAAUCUUAACAACAAAAAGCUGGCCUUACCAAGCAUAUUAGUCAGACAAAUAAUCCUGGCACUCUAAACAACAUUUUUAGAGACUUUUUAAAGAAAUAAAAGAGGAAAGUGCAAGGCUGGUAACAUGGAGCAUGCUUUAGAAAUUAUGACUACUUAAUGAUUAGAUUAUCAUGGGUUAUUCUAUAUUAUCUUUAUUAUUGUAUUUACAAUUCAUGCUCAGGUUCUGCAGCAGUGGAUCCCCAAUGAAUCCAGUGUGGUUAAACCCCAGAACAUAAAAUAUGGCACAAGAACAACCCAUGAAACUUUUAAAUGAAACUGAGAUUCAUGAUAGCAAAAAAAAAAAUAUAUAUAUAUAUAUAUAUAUAAAACAUGGUUUUAAUGAGACGCUAAGUUUGUCAGUGUUGAAGAGAUUUUAUUUGUACCCCCUCACCCUGCUCUGUACCUUUUUAUAUUUCCCUGGGAGAAGUGUCGUGACCUAGCACCACCGACUUUGUCCCAGUUUGUAAAGACGAGGUAGCUUACGCUAAUGAUUCGAUGUAUUCAGUAUUUAAUGGUCAAUUGCAUUCAAACGUCAUACAAUGCAAAUGUAAUAGAAUAGAGAUAUCAGUUUUAGGAACAGUUUUCAAGAGAAACCACUUUAUAAUGCCAUAAAGCAUUUCACCACAACACAAGUUUUUCUCUAUAGCACCAUGUGAUUUGUUUCAAAACAAAAGUUUAAAAUAAAAAAGUAUCAGUAAAAUUUUAAAUGUGUUUCAUUUCUAAACUGGUCUAGCCCUUUCAAAUUGCUGGAAUAGAUGUCACAGUCUCAAACAGCAGUUGAUGGACUGGAGUUCACUAAUCUGUCUUGGUCAAGCCAAAUAGAUCCAAACAAAUGCACUUUCUUGUUUAAAUAGUUUAAUUAAAAACUUACUAAUAAGGGCCAGUUAUUGGAAAGGAACAAUAAAUAUCCUGCUACAGGGCCGGAACAGUCCACAGUACGUUAUGUACAAGGCUGAGCUUGUCAGCAGUCAGUUCAAGAGUCUCAGGAUUCUCUUCAAUGCAUCUUUGCUCGAUUUUUUUAAUUUUUUAUUUAUUUAUUUAUUUAUUUAUUUAUUUAUUUAUU